ACUGGUCUAUUUUCACAGCUGUAGGUGCUUUAGACUCCGCCCACACCGGCAGUGACGUCAUCCAGCAUGGCCGCGCGUCUCCUGCAGCAGCUCGGCCGGUCGAGUCGUGCACGUUUGUCCGCUGGUGUUCCUCCUGCUGCCGGUGUGCAGCUCGUACAGACACGGGGAAGGAGAUCAGACCGAGAACAUGGACCUGAGCUGGAGCUCCAGCUGAGCCGCCUGCAUGUGGACGCGCUGCUGCGCACUAAUGAGCAGUUUGUACGAGUUCCGGAGUUUGAUGGACGCGGAGGUCUGAGUCCGGUGCUGAAGUUCGAAAGCAAUCAGCUCGCUGCUAAUUGUCCUCUAGAGGACCGGCGCAGCAGCGCCACCUGCCUACGGACGCGGGGGCUGCUGUUCGGUGUGUUUGAUGGUCACGGUGGUCACGCCAAUGCUCAGGUGGUCAGUGAGCGUCUGCCUUAUUAUGUUGCUGUAGCGAUGAUGUCAGAGUCCAGCCUGGAGGAUCUGGAGGCUUCCAUGGAGACGUUACGGCCAGUACCACCGAUUCUGCAGUGGUACAGACACCACAAUGACCACGUAUACCGAGAGUCUGCUGCUCUUUACAUCAAUCACUUGCGUGUUUUCUGGCAGGAGCUGCUCGCCAGCGAAGAGCACGGAGAUGGAAUGAACCCCAGCGACGCCCUCAGCUAUGCUUUCCAGCGCCUGGACGCGGAUCUUUCUCUGGAGGCGCAAGUCCCUCUGGCGAGUGAUCUGAUGCGGAACACGGCGGUACAGGCGGCUUUUGCAGGGUGCACGGCUUGUCUCGCUCAUAUAGGACCCGAAGGAAUUUACGUAGCGAACGCCGGAGACUGUCGAGCCGUGCUCGGAGUGCAGGAAAGUGACGGGAGCUGGAGCGCGCUGCCUCUUUCACAGGACCACAACACAACCAACUCAGCUGAAGUGGAGCGAGUACUCUCUCAGCAUCCAUCUAGUGAGCGCCAGACGGUCAUCGUGGACGACAGGCUGCUCGGCGUGUUGAUGCCCCUGCGAGCUUUUGGAGAUGUUCGGUUUAAAUGGAGUCGUGAGCUGCAGCAGAGUGUGUUAGAAAAUGGAGGCUGUGACUCAGAGGCACUAAAUAUUUAUCAAUACGCACCACCUAAUUACCUCACGCCACCGUACCUUGAGGCCACACCUGAGGUCACUUAUCACCGUCUGCGCCCUCAGGACCGCUUCCUCAUCCUGGCGUCGGACGGGUUGUGGGAUGAAAUGGACAACGAAGAGGCGGUCCGGCUGGUGGCAGAACAUUUAACCGGCAUCCACCUGCAGGCUCCUGUCUCGGUCAGCCAGCAAAAGUUCAGCCUGGGACAGAUGCACCAGCUGCUGCUACAGCGCCAGGCACGUGCCACCCCCGCACUCGACCUCAAUGCAGCUACACAUCUGAUUCGCCACGCUCUCGGUACAAACGAGUAUGGAGAGAUGGACCAGGAGAGACUAGCAGCCAUGUUGGCGCUCCCAGAUGACCUGGCACGCAUGUACCGUGAUGACAUCACCAUCACUGUGAUUUAUUUUAACUCUAGUCUCAACAAAACUUCACGGAACCCUUUGUGACGGAUCUCUAUAUAAAAACUGACCUGUAAGCAGCCCUCGAUCUCUGAUAAACACUGACAAACACCGAGGUGUUCAGUCUGGUGUUCCAUGGAUGAAGUUUAAAUAUAAAAUAAAAAGGUGGAUGUAGAAACAAGUUUUAAUAUUGAUAUUGUUCUGAAGAUCAACAUUUGUGACAACUGAGUUUCACAACCCUGUGUGCAGAGAUUAUUUUCUUGAUACUUUUAUCACAUUUUUCUGAUAAAAAAAUAAAGAAAUGAAAUCUGUUCUUAACUGUAAGUGAACCUGGUCACUUGGUUUACGAGUUUCCGCUUGUAUACUAGCAGUAGAUCAAACCUGUAAAGAUGCUUUUUUUUUUAAGAAAAUGUGACUUAUUUGAUCUCCUGUACACAAAAACUACAAAAAUAUGGAUAUGUUGAUAUAUUGUGAGUUCUGUCUAAUAUAGUGAUGUACAAUUGAUAAUCAGCAGGUGUGGAGACACGCGGUAGCUUUAUUUUAUGUUUCGUUUCAUUCCAAAUGAAUCCAAAUCAUUCCUUAUUGCACACAUGGACAUUAAAUCCAAUCUUUCUUUCAUGCAGUUUCCUGUUGUAAACAAAUGAGUUUGGAUUUUGAGCUGAUUAACAUUUAUUCCUUCCUUAUGUUGUGCUUGUUUCCUUUUCACUUUUUUUUUGCUGGUGCUCCUUCACCAGUGGAAAAGAAACUGAAUAAACCUGAUCUUAAGUCUUAUUAAGAACUGUUUACACUCACAACCUGUUCCUCUGUUCUCUAAAUGUGCUUUAGUUAAUUGCUCAAUAAUGUUCCCUAUAAUCAUGUUUGUGUCUUCAACUUUUCCUUGUUUUUUAUUCUGUUAUUUCCGCUGAAUCUUUUGCUCCUCACCAGCAGUUCACUGUGUAAGACCCUGGACCUGUGUGUUCAGGAGUGUGUGCUGGUUAUGUGGUGCUCGUUAGAUACGGCUCAUGAUUAUUAUCCAGUUAUUACCUGGUGUGCAGUUAUUAACUCACGCAUGUUUGAUGUGAAAUCAGCUCUGUUUGUUUUGCAUUUACUUAUUAAAAUGUUUAUCUGUUUCAAUAAUUAUUCUAUAAUAAUUUUAUAUAUAUAAUAUAUAUAAAGCAAAUGUCCAUUUUUAAUUGAUUUUACGAAGGUACUUUACUGUACAGGACAAAAGAGAGAUUUCCAUGUUGUAACCCUGAGGUACAGCGCAGUAGUGAACCUUCUCUGUGUUGCUGCUGUACUGAAGGGAAGAAUUGCUGAGUGCUGAUGUCAAGGGGUGCCAAUAUAUAUGUAUAUUAUAUAUCUGGAUGUUAAUAUAUUUUUAUUCAUGGAUUGUACUGAUCUCACCUGCUACAGAAAUACAUAAUCACUGUCCUUUAAUAAAAAAAACAAUCGCUUUAAA